AUGCAGCCGUACGGCACUAGUCAAGCAUCGCCAUACGCGUCACCUGUGACGGGGCUGUACAACGGGCACCAGCACUCGUCCAACGCGUCUAGCCCGUUCGGCACCGUAUUUCCUCGUCCGCUUGCCGGUCGGAGUCUCAACCAGUGCGGGCUUGGGACUAAAAUGGGGCCUGGGGUCGGAGCUGAAUGUAACUUCUACCCGUGCUACCCGACCAAUUACAAUUGCGAAUCCAACGGGCACCAGGACGCAAACAUGACAUCGUCGCACACCAGCAACCUGACGAGUGGAUACUAUUCAGCUGCCCAGGCAGCAUCCAUUCAUCCGUACUCCGCAGUGUCUGCAGCUCAUUGCGGCACUUCCCAAACGUCGUACUCCCAACAGGGACUGGACUAUGGCCCAACUGCGUAUGCUUCCGCGUACGGUCAACCUUCCAGUGCAUAUGUAUACUACGGAAGCUCUCAUCCCAGCUACUACGACGUGGCACCAUUAUCCUCAAACACAGGUGCCCCUGUCAUGGCUACAGCAUCACCGGCAUUGACCAACAACACUUAUCAAUUUCCUGCUUUGACGCUGCCAGACAGGAGUAUGCGUUACGGCGGCCUGGACGCCUCGGGAGUCAAAGCAGAGCCGAGAGCAGGCACGAAGCGAGGAGCAUCCAGCCGCAGUAAUAAGCGCGGACGGCGUCAGGUGUCCGCCAUCGUUCCUUCCCCAUCCAGCCCGGACGACGCGACGGAGAGCACCGUAGACCGAGUCUUCCUCUGGGACCUGGACGAGACAAUUAUAGUUUUCCAUUCCUUACUCACCGGCACGUUUGCCGCCUGUCAUCACAAGUACAAUAAGCGGAAGGCGCCGGGAUGCAUUCUGCUCGCGACCUACGCGGAAGGGACCCGGGUUCUUUCUUCUAUUUUUAUUCUGUUUUUUCCCGUCACGUUUGCUUCGGGAAUCGGGACCGAGGGUAUUGGCAAGGAUGCAUUGGCUAUGGCUGAUAUUGGACGACGCGGGAGCAGGGAUAGUGAAAGGAGUCGGGUUUCCACUGAGAGAUGCACUCGGGAAGCACUCAUGGCUGUGAUAUGA